AUGAGAGUUAUUUUGAUAAGCAGUGUAUUGUGCUUUUUAUGGUUGGAAUUGUUACUGGCUUGGCAGACCACUAAUCGAAACGGAGACAGGAUUCAAGACGCGUUAAUUGCCUACCAGGGACUCCAGGGCUCGGUUUCGGGAAAGGAUAAAUACUAUGAGUUGUCCAGUGAACAAUAUAUCUUUGGAGGUUAUGAACCCGAGAACGGAACUUGUGAUCAAUGUGAUGAAGUGGGUAGAAGUAAGCGAUUUAGUGACCCGACUUUUCGUGGUAAUCCGAAAACUCGGGAACAGAUUUGGAAUAAUAAUUUUGGGCAUGUGAUCAGUAAUGAAGCUCAAAUUAAAUCUUUAGUGCGACUGCUGAUUCGAGUUAUCACUCAGUACCUACAAGCCUGUAUUCCGAUUAUUCUUUUCGAUGGUUUCGUGGAACAAACCGAGAGUAGUUUUAUCGAAUCGUUUCUCCAAGAGUUUCCUAUGUCUUACACUUGUGGCAAGAUUGGACCCAACUAUACGUUGGAAAAUCCAGAGUUGCUACUUGCAUCGGCUUCCAAAUGUAGAAGCUAUAUUCUUUUUCUGUCGGAUGUGAUGAUGACCCGGAAGGUGAUUGGAGCUCAGCUAACGAAUUACGUUAUCGUUAUUCCUCGCUCCAGUCAGUGGAAAUUGCAAGAUUUUUUAUCUUCGAAACAGUCACGUGACAUACUGAACCUCUUGGUCAUUGGAGAGUCCUACUCGGUAUCGAAGACCGUCAACAAUGAGUCCCCCUAUGUGCUGUACACUCACGAACUGUACAUCGAUGGGCUGGGAUCGAAUCGACCGACGGUACUUACGACGUGGAUGAAUGGUAAAUUUUCUCGUCCAAAUGUGGACCUGUUUCCGAAAAAGAUUCAGAAGGGGUUCUCCGGACAUCGUUUUACGAUCGCGGCAGCUCAUCAACCUCCGUAUGUGUUCAAAAUUCUGUCCACCGAUGGGGUCGGUAACAUUGCAAUUCGCUGGGAAGGAGUGGAAAUGCGAGUGCUCAAAACGUUGGGGAAUUAUUUGAAUUUCACUUUUGAUGUUAAGGAACCAUCCAAACUGUCACUGGGCUCGGGUGAUGCGGUGACUGAUGAGGUUCAACGGCGACAGGCGGAUAUUGGUGCCGGUGGAACAUACGUAACCAUAGAACGGAAUCUGGCUACCGAGAUGAGUGUGGCACAUUCAAUGGAUUGUGCCGCUUUUGUUACCUUGAUGUCGUCAUCUUUGCCGAGAUACCGAGCUAUCCUGGGUCCAUUCCAGUGGCCAGUGUGGCUGGCACUGACCUUCGUUUAUUUGGGAGCCAUUUUUCCGUUGGCGUUUUCGGAUAAAUUGAGUCUUAGGCAUUUGAUCGGAAACUGGAGUGAGAUCGAGAACAUGUUUUGGUAUGUCUUCGGAACCUUCACGAACAGUUUAACAUUCACCGGCGAAAAUUCCUGGUCCAACACUAAGAAGACUUCGACCAGACUUCUGAUUGGAAUAUAUUGGGUGUUCACAAUCAUCAUAACAUCAUGCUACACGGGAUCCAUUAUUGCUUUCGUGACCAUGCCAGUACUUCCGGAAACGGUCGAUUCGGUCAACCAACUGCGGGAAGGUUUCUAUCGCGUCGGAACGUUGAACCGUGGAGGCUGGGAACGGUGGUUCCUGAAUUCAAGCGACACGAGCACGGCAAAGUUGCUGCGAAAACUGGAAUUCGUUUCCAGCAUCGAGGAAGGGAUUCGAAAUGUGACGGAGGCGUUCUUCAUAUCGUACGCCUUCAUAGGAUCGAAAGCUGAACUGGAGUAUCUGGUACAGUCCAACUUCUCCGAUGAGUCCCACAAUAAACGCUACUCGUUACACGUCAGCAAGGAGUGUUUUUCCUUGUUCGGAGUAUCGCUCGUAUAUCCGCCCAACUCAAUCUACCGGGAUAAGUUCAACAAUGCCCUUCUGUACAUGCAGGAAGCCGGAAUAAUCGGGAAGUUAUCGCGGGAUGUCUCGUGGGAAAUGCAGAAAACUAAAGAUGGCGCGUACCGGCAGGCUUCGGUGGGACAGACCCUGCGUGUUCCGACGGCCGGUGAAAAGGGAUUGACACUUGGCGACACCGAAGGUAUGUUCCUGUUGAUGGGCAUUGGUUACCUCAUCGGACUGGGAGUGCUAAUCUCCGAGUGGGUUGGUGGAUGUACGAACAAGUGUCGAGAAAUAAUUCAGGCACGGAAAGACCGUCUUGGAAGUUCUAGAAGCUCCAGAAGUUCGGUUCCUCAAUCGAACUCUUCUUCGGCAAAUCCAAACUCCCCGAGACGAAGACGAAGGCCUUCGGGAAAAGAGUACGGUCUAAUGGAGAACAUUGACAGCACAUCAUCGGCACCUGCGGUAACUCCCAGAGACGGUGACGAAGACACGGGAUCUUAUGUUAGCAUCGGAGGACUACAUAAGCGAAGUCUUUCUGGUAGCGUACAUGAAUUCAGCCAUGGUACUCUUCAUGACCUGUACGAGGGACCGGAUCGUAAACACUCUACCAUUGUUUGUAUCGACGGAAAAAUGAUGAGCGACGAUGAAGCACGCCAAUAUGCAACCGGUGUGAAAAAGUCCAAGCCGCAUUCCACUCUUGGUUCGGUGGUUGAACACGAAGUGACAAAGUUGUUCAAAUUUCUUGACGAUCACAAAUUGACUCAUGACGACUCGAGUGAGCAUUCGGGUAAGCACUCGAAGAAAAAGUUGUUCGAGGUCGUAGCAGAAGUUAACCGAUUGAAAGACGAUGGUGGCAAGCCAGAAACAGCAAGCGAACUGGAGACUCCUUUUGGUGAGGAAGUGAUCUAUUAG